AUGUCGCGCAAGCCAAAGGCGCUGAUUUUACAGAGCCCAGAGCUGACGCGCAAGUUCCAGGCCGGUGACAAUGUGGUGUAUCUGUACGAGGGCCACUAUAUGCAGGAUCACGUGCGGAAGAGCAACUUGGAAGAGCGGAUGGCGGUGCCCAACUACGAGCACAUCAGCAAGAGCCCACUGAACGCGAUCGGCGUCAAGUACUACUGCGUGGUGGAGAGCGUGCAGCGGUCAAACGACCAAGACUGGGUCGCCGUCCUCGUGGUCAACGACGUCACGUCAAAGUUCUUUGGUUAUCGGUUCACCGUCACCCACAUCAACUCGCAUUACUCGGUCGAUUCGGUCAUCCUCGCCGACCUUACUUUGCAUUGA